UCUGAACAUGCAUAAUUACGUCAACACAACCGGCCGCACCGACUGCACUCGCUAGUGCGGUACGCGUAAUACUCGUCGAGAUCAGCAGGGCAUGCAGAAUUAUUCCGUCGAUGAUGUCCGGUCAUCAUGAUGUACUUACUGGGACUAACACCACUGCAUGAUUAUCCAGAUCAUUGAUGCUAAGCAGAUACUGUCAGAGUGGCGCAUGUGCACUUCUGUUACUUUAAAUUAUGGCCUCCAUCCCAGCUGAUGCCUCCAGAGUUUGUACCUGUGCUGGUCAAAUGAUCAUCAGAAGCUACAACACCAGAAAAAAUGCCUACCGUAGGUUGUUGCAUCAAACUAAUCAGAGGUGGGCUUCUACAAAGAGUGCUGAAACCAUUGGAGUCAAACAUCUGAGACGAUGCAUUCAGACCACAGGACCUUUGACUGUUGCUGAGUAUAUGAGAGAGGUUCUGACCAAUCCAGUCACUGGUUACUACAUGAAUAAAGAUGUUUUUGGCACUAAAGGAGAUUUUAUCACAUCACCUGAGAUAAGCCAAAUGUUUGGUGAGUUGAUUGCUCUGUGGGUCAUCCAUGAGUGGACACAGUCGGGCUGGAAAACACCCUUACAGGUUGUGGAACUUGGCCCAGGUAGAGGGACGUUAGCUGACGACAUGUUACGGGUGUUCAAGCAGUUUCAACAAGUCAUUGGCAAUUCCUUGUCGCUCCACCUGGUGGAGGUCAGCCCUAAGAUGAGCCAACUCCAAGAGGAGAAACUUACGGGUCAGCAGCAAUCAACAACAGACCCAGGCCAACCUGCAGUCAGCCAGGACUCUCUCGCUAGAAGAGAUGAAGGAGGUCUAGGUGAGGAGAAGAGCCCACCAUCAGCCUACAAAACCAGCAUCAGCAAGACAGGAGUGCCUGUAGCAUGGUACCGGAGUCUCAAGGAUGUACCGAAAGGACCCACCUGUUUUAUUGCUCACGAAUUCUUUGAUGCCUUGCCAGUUCAUAAAUUCCAGAGAACACAGAAAGGUUGGCGUGAAGUUCUUGUUGAUGUUGAUAAUAAUGAUGCCGGAGCUCAUCAUCUGCGCUUUGUGUUGUCACCAGCGCCUACACCAGCUUCAACUGCCUAUCCCCAGGACAGUGAUAGCAGAGAUCACAUCGAAGUUUGCCCAGAGGGAGGUGUGAUUGUAGAAGAGAUGGCCCACAGGAUAUCACAGCAUGGUGGAAUGAGUCUCGUCAUUGAUUACGGACAUGAUGGGACCAAGGCUGACACGCUAAGGGGAUUCAAGAAUCACCAACUACAUGAUGUGCUUUGUGAACCUGGUACUGCAGAUCUCACUGCCGAUGUUGACUUCUCAUAUUUCCGUCGAAUAGUUCAAAACAAAGUUUCCCCUUAUGGACCUGUUACUCAACAGUCAUUCUUAAAGGCAAUGGGUAUUGAGACAAGACUACAGAUGCUACUGAAGAAUGCCUCCGGCAAGCAGAGGAGUAGCCUGCUCAGUGGUUACAAGAUGCUGACAGACCCAGCACAAAUGGGCGAGAGAUUUAAGUUCUUUGCUAUGAUGCCGCUCAUUCCUGAGAUGCAAGGUGGGCCGGCAGGGUUCCCACCUUGAUACCUCUGAGGGUUAAAUGCCGAAGAACCCGAGGCUGGAUGAGGGAUGGAGGAAGUGAUCCAAGGUCUUUGCUUUGAUGUAACUGACUGAAAGCAGUCAACGUUGGAGGCAAAAUCACCCCAAAUGGGUGACCUCCAUGAUUAUUCAAGGUGACGGGAGGCAUGUGAAAGGAUCUUUCUAGGAUUUAAUGGGCUUGUACGCUUCAUCUUUAUAUUAGACUGAUGUCUAUUACAUUGUAUUUCUUCUUUUGAUUAAUUAGAAUGCCACAUUGUUAGAAUGACUGUUUCCUUUCAGAAGGUACCAGAGAAUGGUCCAUAACUUCCUUGAGCAUAAAUGGCAGACAGCUUCAGGUUAAAAAGUGUGAGAUAAAUGCAAAAUGAAAUAUA